UAUAUGUUUCAUCUCUCUGCGCUGCAAACCAGUCAUCGAUCGUACCACCAUGCCGGCAGCAGCACUUCACCACUCUUUCUGUUUCUCUCCCAACAAUCCACCAUCGCCCCUCCUGCCCAAGGCCCAACUAACCAAUAACCUCUCCACAGCAAAACCCAGAAAUCCCCUUCAAAAGCUCCCACUCUCAUCGUCACUAGACCAAUCCAACCUCUCAGUCCAAUUCAAGGAGAAGAUACUAUGUCUUGAGAUAAUGGGUGUUGAUUCAGGGAAAGCACUCUCCCUCAACCCUUCCCUCCACACCGCGACCCUUCACUCCAUCCACUCUGUCAUUUCUUUCCUCCAAUCCAAAGGCAUCCACCAGAAGGACAUGGGCAGGAUCUUUGGCAUGUGCCCCAAGAUCUUGACCUCCAGCAUUAAACAUGAUCUCAUCCCAGUUUUUCAGUUCCUGUCCCAAGACCUUUGCGUACCAGAUCAUGGCUUCAGGAAGGCUGUCAACAAAUGCCCAAGAUUACUGGUCUCAAGUGUGAGAGACCAGCUCAAACCAGCCCUGAUUUAUCUACAGAGACUUGGGUUCCAGGAUUUGGAGGCGCUGGCUUAUAGGGACUCUGUGUUGUUGGUGUCCAGUGUGGAGAACACCCUGAUUCCCAAACUGGACUACUUGGUGAGCUUGGGGUUCUCGCGGGAGGAUGCAGUGGAUAUGGUGUUGAGGUGCCCAGGGCUGUUUACUUUCAGUGUGGAGAACAAUUUCAAGCCCAAAUUUGCAUACUUCACUGAGGAGAUGGGAGCCAGCUUGGAGGAGCUGAAGGAGUUCCCUCAGUACUUUGCUUUCAGUCUGGAGAAUAGGAUAAAGCCUAGACACAAGGAGCUGGUGGAGUGUGGGGUGCAGAUUCCUUUGCCAUUGAUGCUUAAGAGUACUGAUGAGGAGUUUGGGGAGUUGUUAAGGCGUGGAGGCGGAUGAGGGUUGUCAUCACUUUUUUUUCUGGUUUUUCUCUAAUUGCUUGGGGAGAUGGAGAUUGGUAUUUAUGUUAACUUUGUAUAAUUUCUUCAUUCUCACUUUUCUUGUUGUAAAAAUGUAAAUUAUAGAAAUGGUUCGGAUAAUAAGAUGUCCACAAGAGAUUGAUGUAGGCAUCUUUGGUGUUUAUGCUUCUUCUUUCUCACUUUUCUGUUAUAAGAAUGUAAAUUACUGAUAAGAGAUUUGUGCAACUAGAUGCUUUACUGGAAGGGAGUUUGUUCU